AUGUUAGCCAAAAGUUUAGUAGAUAGAUUAAGUGCAUCGAAUGAUUAUGAAGAAUUAAUGAAAUUAAAUUUAUUUAUUAUUGUAACAAAAUUCUACAUAUUAAAUAUCUAUUUCAGAACGCGUGCGGUUUUACAUAUACGUACAUCAAAAUUACAAAAAAUGUUUCAAGAUGUUAAGCUUAGUGAAACAUUAUUAGAUCAAUAUCGAACGUAUUGUAAAAAAGAGAAGAUUGAUAAUAUUGAACAACAUAAUGCACGUAAAUUGAUAUGGCUUCAUCAACACUCCAAAGGAGAUUUACAAAUAUUGUACACUAACAAAAAAUAUAUUCUAAAUGUGUCAAUAUAUCAAAUGGCUGCUUUACUUCUAUUUAAUAAACUUUUAAGUUGGAUAGUUGAUCAAAUUCAAGAUGAAACACAAAUCAAAAUUGAUUUAUUCUUUCAAGUUCUUUAUAGUUUAUUGAAAAGUAAAUUGAUUACAUGUUAUGAAAUCAAUAAAAAUCAAUUUGAUGAAUAUUUUAAUGAAAGUUGCAUUAAAAUGAAUUAUAUUAUUCAUAUAAAUGAAAAUUUUCAAUCAUUAAAAAAGAAUAUUUUAUUUUUAAUAAGAAAUCGUGAAUAA